AUGGAUCAUCACGUUCACCGGAACCCCUACAAUGUCUUCCAAGCGCCUCCAAAUCCAUAUCCUUCCUUCAACCACCCUCCUUACUUCGAAAUGAUUAGCGUGGCGAUUGCAGCCUCAAACGAACCUGACGGUUUAAGCACAGAGGCAAUUUCUAGGUUUAUAGAGAGAAACUACACUGGUUUGCCUCCUGAUCACGAUGCUUUGCUGACUCGCCAUCUGAAGACCUUGAAGAACAGUAGAAUUGUUGAGGUGAAGAAAUCAUACAAGUUCGCUUCGUCUCUUCCUGAUGUAGGUCUGGAAGUUCCUACAUCUAAGAUUCUUAACGACCAACAUCCUCUUGAUCUGGUGGGUGUUUCUGCUUCUCAGCCUCAGAAGCCGGGAGGCCAUGGUCCAACUCCAAGACCUAAACCCAAGGUUAAUACUAUGUUGAUGAACAUUGUCUGUUUUCUUAGUGUGCAUGAGGCAAUCAAAAUCUAA